AUGCCGGCAGCUGUGGAAGUAGUCGGCGCAAAUGUCCCAUCUGGCGAUUUGAACGGGCCUCAAAUCAGCACCGGUGUCGACUAUACGGAAAGAUAUGCUCAAGAACGAGACAAACGCCUUGGAAAAGAGGACCCUUGGAUAGACCCUGGAACUCCAAUCCAGCAAGUCGUCUUAGAUGGAGGCCACCGCAAGUUUGUCAUCGUGGGAGCCGGGUUCGGUGGCAUCUUGUUCGCAGUAAAUCUCAUCAAAGCUGGCUUUCAAGCGGACGACAUAUUGAUUGUCGAUCCGGCUGGAGGGGUUGGGGGCACUUGGUACUGGAAUCGAUACCCAGGACUUAUGUGUGACGUGGAGGCCUACAUCUAUAUGCCACUUCUUGAAGAGAUGGACUACAUGCCGAAGCAUAAAUACGCCAGCGGCGACGAGCUCCGUGAAUAUGCUGAGCGAAUCUGUGGGAAGUAUGACCUAAUCAAAACUGCCAUGUUUCAAUCCUCAGUGAAACGAAUGCAUUGGGAUGCCGGAAGACGAUGUUGGAAGCUUCAACUGGAACAGAAACCAAAAGGUGGCAACCCUUGCACGAUCAAUAUGACUGCCGAUUUCGUGUACCUUGCCAAUGGUCUUCUCGCCAAUGCAAAAGUACCAGAUUUGCCCGGCAUAGAUGAAUUCAGAGGCAGCAUGUUUCACACUGCUCGCUGGAACUACGACAUCACUGGUGGCAGCUCCGCGUUGCCGGACAUGACGAAGCUCCAGGACAAACGCGUUGGCAUCAUUGGCACUGGUGCGACAGCUGUGCAAGCUGUGCCUCAACUUGCUAAAUGGUCGAAGCAGCUGUAUGUAUUCCAAAGGACGCCGUCUUCAGUCACUGUCCGAAAUAACCGGGAGACUGAUCCGGCUGUCUGGAAGUCGGACAUCGCCUCCAGAACGGGCUGGCAAAGAGAUCGAAACAUGAACUUCUUUAAGUUUGUCACAAAUGCAGACCCAAAGCCAGAAGUAGACUUAGUCGACGACGGCUGGACACACUUACCAACCUUCUCGGCAUUAAUAGGGGGGCCAUCCUACAACGUUACGAUGGAGAACGUUGGUGAUCAUGUCGCCAAGAUGCAGGCGUUAGACCUUGAGCAUAUGAAUGGAGUAAGAAGCCGGGCAGCCAAAACAGUCAGAGAUCAGAAUACUGCGAGCUCGCUCCAGCCUUGGUACAAUACAUGGUGCAAGAGACCAUGCUUCCAUGACGAGUAUCUUCCGGCUUUCAACAGGCCCGAUGUGACGUUAGUCGACACCAAUGGUGAAGGUGUCGAUCGCGUCACACCAAAUGGUGUUCUAUAUAGAGGACAUGAGUAUGAGCUGGAUGUUCUGGUCGUGGCUACUGGAUAUGCUUCACCCGGCGCCGGCUCACCACCACAGAAAGCCGGCAUUGAAUGUAUCGGUACUGAAGGCGAGACGCUUGAUCAAAGGUACGAGCGAGGAAUGUCCACACUGCACGGAGUCGCCACGAGAGGCUUUCCAAACAUGUUCUGGCCAGGACCUUUUCAGUCGUCUGCCAGUCCAAACUUCAUGUUUACUCUGGAAUUACUCUCCGAACAUGUUGCUCAUAUAAUCGCCGAGGCCACGAAACGAGUAGGAGGUACGCCCGUAAUUCAACCUUCAUCCGAGGGCGAAGAGGCUUGGACAAUGCAAUGCCUCGCAGGCGCCGCAACAUUCGCGCCGAUGUCAGGUUGCACUCCCAGCUAUUUCAAUAGUGAAGGUGAGACGGAUCAGCUUUCUAAAGAGCAACAAUACCUUGCAGCUCGCAAAAGCCAUUGGGCGAAAGGAAUUGAAGACUAUGUACGAGUUCUUGAAGAAUGGCAAGCAGAUAGCCAGCUUGAAGGCCUCGAGAUUUGUAGCAGUCUCGGUUAG